AUGCCCGAUAACGACGAUCCCCCAACGGGAAGGAUGCUUCCCGAGCCGACGCUGACUCUCACCCUACCCAGCAUCCAUGACGGCACCGUCCUCGACUGUCGCGUCUUCCACCCUUACUCCCUCAGCCCAUCUCCGCGGGCGCCUCCGUGGCAGAGACAUGCAGCCGUCAUCGCCCACCCCUACGCGCCCCUCGGCGGCUGCUAUGACGACCCGGUCGUCGACGUCGUCGCCGCCACGCUGCUACGCCUGGGCUUCCUAGUUGCCACUUUCAACUUCAGGGGAGCCUCCGGUUCCGCAGGCCGGACAUCAUGGACAGCCAAAGCCGAGCGCGCAGACUACGUCUCCGUCGUAGGCUUCGUCUCGCACUACGCCCACCACCUCGACCCCUUCCGGCAGGGACCCGCCGCCAGCAGCGAUGCAGAACACCCCGACAAGCCGCCGCCGCCGCCGCCGCCGCCGCCCUCCACCGCGCCCCUUCUCCUCCUAGCCGGCUACUCCUACGGCGCCAUGGUGACAGCCCAGCUCCCUGGCCUAGCAACCAUGCACGCGCCCUUCUCGACUCCCGCGACCGGCUCCCCCGCCGCCGAGAUCCGCCACCGGGCAGAGCACCUCGCGGCAGCGCAGAACGCCGCCCUAGGCGAGGCGCGCACCGCGCUCCAGGUCUCGAAAGGCAACGGGAGCGCGACCGCCUCGCCGCGCAAGUCGCUCGGGGUCCGCGUCGGGGGCGACGAGGACAUACGGCGGAGCCACGAGUCCGGCGGGGGGCGGCGGUCGCUGUCUCUGGAGGUGGAGGAGCGGUUCCGGCGGGGGGUGGCCAAGGCGAGGCGCGGGGGCCGGCACGGCAAGGGCGGCGGUGGCGAGGAGCAGCAACGGCCUGCCGCUGCUGGUGAAGCCGACGACCGCCUGCCCGCGCCGGUGGACCCGCCGAGAUAUCGCGCCGCGUACCUGCUCGUGUCGCCGCUGCAGGGCGUCGUGACCAACCUGGCGACCAUGUCGUUCCCCAACCCUUUCCUGAGGAGGAGGAAGAGCAGCAAGAAGGGGAAGCCGACGGCGCUUCCGAGGGCCGACGAUGACGACAACGCCCAGGAUGCGAGCGGCGACGGCGACGGCGAUCCGGUCUCGGCGGAGGGCGAGCAGAAGCUCGUCCGCAACCCGACGCUGGCCGUGUACGGGGACCAGGACGUGUUCGUGUCAGCGAGGAAGCUGCGCGAGUGGGCGCGCCGGCUGGAGGGCGCCGCCGGCUCGCGGUUCCGCGCCCACGAGGUGUCGACGGCCGGCCAUUUCUGGACCGAGGAGAGGGUCUUGUAUGUGAUGCGGAAUGCGAUGACGACGUUUGCCGAGGGACUGCUUGCGGGGUGA